AUGGCACCCGAGCUUUCAUUCAAUUCCGAAGAUGCGUGGAUCAAUAUUUUUGUUGGUGGACAGGUAAGCUUAAAGUUAAGGUUUUAGGGUUAAAUUUAGGCCCUCUGAAACUUUUAUGAGAUAUAUUUGAGCAGAAUUUUCAUUACAAUCUGAAAUUUUCCCGAACUUUUAUCCGAACUUUAGCUUAAUCCACAUUUCAAAGGUUCAUACAGUAAUCCUGGUUUUCCUUUAUUUUUUCGAAGAUUUCUCUUGAAUAUCUUUUUUUCUACAGUAUUCUAGGCUUCAGAAAAGCUUUAUGAUCCUUUAAAAAACCUACAGUAAUCUAGUGAAUUUUAAUUUUCUACACCAUUUUCAAAAGCUCUGAAAAAAUCCUGAAUACGUUUUUUUCCAGCUCUACCCAAUUCAAGUGAAAACAUUGAUGAAUCCUCAAACUUCUGGAUCAUAUUUCAAAGAUGUGGUCAAAAUUCUCGAUGCCAAUAUUAAGGUAGGAAAAAUUUGAGGAAAAAUCCCAAAUUUUCCCGAUAAUUUUCGUGUAGUUCUUUUGGAGAACUCUAAUUCAUCUGACAAUGAAAAAAUUAAAAUUUUUCGCGCCAAAAACUACAGUACCCUAAUUCCUUACAGGUUCGUGGUGUUCAAUGGGAACAAUCUCCGAAUCACAUCAAAAAUCGCGUGGAAAUAGAUCGUGACGGGCUGCUUUUCAGAGAAGUUCUUCAAUAUUUACGAAACGGAAAAUUGACAAGUUUGCCGCCUGAUCAAUUUACGCUUGAAGCUUUGAUGGUAAGAAUUUCAGAUUUUUAAAUGUUUCAUUAAUAUUCAAAAUUUCAGGCUGAAGCCGAUUUCUUUGGAUUGGAAAAAUAUCGAGAAAUGUUGAAGAGAAAGUUAUGGAAACUAACUGGAAAACGACAAUAUUAUGCAUGCUAUUCAGAUUCGGAGUGA